AUGGACAGCCUCAGACGUGGUGCGGACAAGGAAAAAUAUGAGUAUUGGGUGCGCUCAUGGCUGUUUCUGAGAUAUAAUGGUGUAUACCUGGAUGUCGGUGUAUAUUUGGCCGCAGUGGUGAUCUGGGCAGAAGAGGAAACCUUGCCAUCAAUUAAUAUCAAUCCCUUCCCUCAGCCUCAAGGAAAUGCCGUUGCGGCUCAUGUAUAUGGCGCUAACAACAAGGUUGGACUUCUGUAG